AUGAUAAAUACAUACACAUUCGAAGUACAAACAACCAAUGGUCAGAUGGUUAAAAUCACUUGUUUAUAAAAUAUGAUGGACUUUAAGAGACAAGUUUCAGAAAAGGAAUUAACUAUUCCUUUUGACCAUUUAAUUAUUGUAGAUGAUAAUGAUUAAGUUUAUAGCUAAACCAAUUUAGCUUAGAAAUAUUAAAAUAAAACAUAAUUUAGGGUUUUUGAUUCAAACACCCUAUUUAAAUAAAAUCAAUUUCUCUUAUAGGAAAAUGAAAAAUUGAAAAAUUAUGCAAAUGAAGAAAUACAAAGAUUAAAUUAAAUAAAUUUAUAAUUAGAGGAGGACAAGAAAUUACAAUUUGAAUAAAUUAAAUCUUAAUAUUAGAACACUAUGGAAGAUGUUUAAAAUGAGAAGGUAAGUCAAACUCAAAAAAUGUAGUAAUAUAUAUAGAAUUUAGAAAAUGAAUUUCAAUAAACAAAAUAAUAGGCUACUAAUGAUAAAGUAAAAUUUGAAAAAUAGAUUCUUGAAUUGAAUAACUAAAUAAAUCAAUAAAAAAAAGAUAUUGAAAAUCUGAAUUUAAAAAUCAAAAGUAUUCAAGAUGAAAAAUUAGAAUAAGAGAAAAAAUAUUAAGAGGCUUUUUAAUAAUAAGCUUAAUUAGCUCAAUAAGAAAUCUAUUAAUAUUAGACUUAGAUUACAUAAAUUUCAAGCUAAUUAAAUGAAGUCUGUUAAUCGUAUCAAAUGUAUGGUUCAUAAGCUUCUUAGUAUAUGCAAUAAUACGCUUAAAAAGUCUAAGAAUUAGAAUAAUAAAAUAAAGACAGUGCUCAAGAGGUUGAGAAGUUAAAAAAUGAUAUAAAAAUAUAAAAAUCAUCAAUAAAAGAAAAACAAAGUUUAAACGAUGAUAAAGAUCUAAAAAUUCAACAGCUAGAAAUUGAUUUGUAAUCUCUAAGACACAAACUUGGAUAAAAAUGA